GCGCGCGCGCUCCCUCCUCUCGGAGAGAGGGCUGUGGUAAAACCCGUCCGGAAAAUGGCCGCCGCUGCCGCCACCGCCGCCGCCGCCGCCGCGCCGAGCGGAGGAGGAGGAGGAGGCGAGGAGGAGAGACUGGUGAAAACCCCUUUGUGAUGUUAGAGCAGUUCCUUGCAGCUUUGACUGCUGGAAGCAGAAGAGAGACUUUUGCCUCUGGAUUUGGUUGUGUUCUUUUUGAGGCUCCAUAAAAAUACAGACUCACCAGUUCCUGCUUUGAUGUGACAUGUGACUCCCCAGAAUACACCUUGCUUCUGUAGACCAGCUCCAACAGGAUUCCAUGGUAGCUGGGAUGUUAGGGCUCAGGGAGGAAAAGUCAGAAGACCAGGAUCUCCAGGGCCUCAGAGACAAGCCACUGAAGUUUAAGAAGGCGAAGAAAGACAAGAAGGAGGACAAAGAAGGCAAGCAUGAGCCACUACAACCUUCAGCCCACCAUUCUGCAGAGCCAGCAGAGGCAGGCAAAGCAGAAACAUCAGAAAGCUCAGGCUCUGCCCCAGCAGUGCCAGAAGCCUCGGCUUCCCCCAAACAGCGGCGCUCCAUUAUCCGUGACCGGGGACCUAUGUAUGAUGACCCCACCUUGCCUGAAGGUUGGACACGAAAGCUUAAACAAAGGAAGUCUGGCCGAUCUGCUGGAAAGUAUGAUGUAUAUUUGAUCAAUCCCCAGGGAAAAGCUUUUCGCUCUAAAGUAGAAUUGAUUGCAUACUUUGAAAAGGUGGGAGACACCUCCUUGGACCCUAAUGAUUUUGACUUCACGGUAACUGGGAGAGGGAGCCCCUCCAGGAGAGAGCAGAAACCACCUAAGAAGCCCAAAUCUCCCAAAGCUCCAGGAACUGGCAGGGGUCGGGGACGCCCCAAAGGGAGCGGCACUGGGAGACCAAAGGCAGCAGCAUCAGAAGGUGUUCAGGUGAAAAGGGUCCUGGAGAAGAGCCCUGGGAAACUUGUUGUCAAGAUGCCUUUCCAAGCAUCGCCUGGGGGUAAGGGUGAGGGAGGUGGGGCUACCACAUCUGCCCAGGUCAUGGUGAUCAAACGCCCUGGCAGAAAGCGAAAAGCUGAAGCUGACCCCCAGGCCAUUCCUAAGAAACGGGGUAGAAAGCCUGGGAGUGUGGUGGCAGCUGCUGCAGCUGAGGCCAAAAAGAAAGCCGUGAAGGAGUCUUCCAUACGGUCUGUGCAUGAGACUGUGCUCCCCAUCAAGAAGCGCAAGACCCGGGAGACGGUCAGCAUCGAGGUCAAGGAAGUGGUGAAGCCCCUGCUGGUGUCCACCCUUGGUGAGAAAAGCGGGAAGGGACUGAAGACCUGCAAGAGCCCUGGGCGUAAAAGCAAGGAGAGCAGCCCCAAGGGGCGCAGCAGCAGUGCCUCCUCCCCACCUAAGAAGGAGCACCAUCAUCACCACCAUCACUCAGAGUCCACAAAGGCCCCCAUGCCACUGCUCCCAUCCCCACCCCCACCUGAGCCUGAGAGCUCUGAGGACCCCAUCAGCCCCCCUGAGCCUCAGGACUUGAGCAGCAGCAUCUGCAAAGAAGAGAAGAUGCCCCGAGGAGGCUCACUGGAAAGCGAUGGCUGCCCCAAGGAGCCAGCUAAGACUCAGCCUAUGGUCGCCACCACUACCACAGUUGCAGAAAAGUACAAACACCGAGGGGAGGGAGAGCGCAAAGACAUUGUUUCAUCUUCCAUGCCAAGGCCAAACAGAGAGGAGCCUGUGGACAGCCGGACGCCCGUGACCGAGAGAGUUAGCUGACUUUACAUAGAGCGGAUUGCAAAGCAAACCAACAAGAAUAAAGGCAGCUGUUGUCUCUUCUCCUUAUGGGUAGGGCUCUGACAAAGCUUCCCGAUUAACUGAAAUAAAAAAUAUUUUUUUUUCUUUCAGUAAACUUAGAGUUUCGUGGCUUCGGGGUGGGAGUAGUUGGAGCAUUGGGAUGUUUUUCUUACCGACAAGCACAGUCAGGUUGAAGACCUAACCAGGGCCAGAAGUAGCUUUGCACUUUUCUAAACUAGGCUCCUUCAACAAGGCUUGCUGCAGAUACUACUGACCAGACAAGCUGUUGACCAGGCACUCCCCCCAACAAUAUCCUCCCUCUUCCCCCCCCCCACCCCCGCCCCGUGUGCUCGUUAGGGCAAUUGAGAGGACACUCCCAUUUUUGGUGCCAUUGAUGCCCUGUCCAUAAUAGCUUCCCUGACUUUUACACCACCCCAACUCCCAAUCUGAAGGACUGGGAGGUGUGAUGCAGGAGAAACUAUGGGACUCUUGGGAGAAGACUAUGGAGUUGGCCAGUGAUUAAGGCCCAGUAAUUCCAACUGUGGUAGCACAGAUCUGGCUCCACAUCAACCCAAUCCAAAACUGACAAGGAUAUUUUGCAAAAAAAGAAAGUGGCACCUGUCUGAUCCAGCUCUGACAUGGCUAGAGGUGAGUCCUAAACUGAUGGCUUAUAAACUAGCCUGAGCCACAGAAGAGUAUGGCCCAGAGUGAAGUGUCAUCAUCUGUUCACAAGGCAUGCUCCCCUAGAAGAUAAUGCUAAAGAGGUGCCAUGGAGGCAGCAGGACAAAGUACAGGCAGGCUAGGUGGAGUCAAGCCAGGCCUAGUGCCACAGAACAAGAGAGCAGUCUGACUAGUAAUUAAGAGGGAAGAAAGGAAAAUAUUCUUCCAAUUACUUUCCAGUUCUCCUUUAGGGACAGCUUAGAAUUAUUUGCACUAUUGAGUCUUCAUGUUCCCACUUCAAAACAAACAGAUGCUCUGAAAGCAAACUGGCUUGAAAUGGUGACACUGUCCCACAAGCCACCAGACAUGGCAGUGUUCAGAACUACCUGUAUCUGUAUAUACCUGCGCUUGUUUUAAAGUGGGCUCAGCACAUAGGAUUCCCAAGAAGCUCCGAAACUCUAAGUGUUUGCUGCAAUUUUAUAAGGACUUCCUGAUUGCUUUCUCUCUCGUCCUUCCAUUUCUUCCUUCCUUCCAUUUCAUGCUUUCAUUUCUUCCCCUAGCUUCUAGUUGUUUCUUCUGUUCCAGGCAGCUGCAGUGCUGAACCACAUGGUUACCUAACAGCAGUCAGCUGCAGCCCUAGGAUUCUUCCUGCCCUUUAACUUCCCAUUGCCAGUGCCAGGUAUCAUAUUUAACCUUGAGCAAGAGCUGGGCUCUUUUGAGCCCUCCCUAACCUCUGUGAAGAAGAACAAGAAGGUAGGAAGCUCUUGCUCUUGCUAAGAAAAAUGUCAAAAGGCUUUCAGACCUUAAACAAUGAGCCUUUUCACCUUUUACUCUAGAAAAGUGGACUAGAAAAUCUGGGUCACAUUGGGUAGCUGAAGGAGAUACAGAGGCCCCUAUGGCCUGCCAGAGUCGUUGCAUGGCCCAACAGGGGCUCCAUGCCCACUACCCUUGACCCUACUCAGAAAUCUAAUGUCAUACUUAGUGUGGGCAGGGGACCUGUCAGGACAGAUGCAGACCUAAGCAGGGAGUGACACCAGGGCCCUUGGCCCUUCUUCUGACAAACAUACACAUCCCAAGUCUUUUUCUAGUGGAAUUCUUAACCUCUUGCUCACUGGGGACUGGGAAGCAUCAGCACAUCCCAUAUUUCAAACUCUGCUCCAUAAGUACAGUGGUGAAUUUUAUAGACUUGACUUUGCUGUGGGGUUUUAAUUGGUCAGUUUUAAUUUGGGAUCCCAAAGUUUUAACCUCCAUUCAGGAAGUCCUUAUCUAGCUGCAUAUCUUCAUCAUAUUGGUAUAUCCUUUUCUGUGUUUACAGAGAUGUCUCAUAUCUAUCGAAAUCUGUCUGAGAAGUACCUUAUCAAAGUAGCAAAUGAGACAGCAGUCUUAUGCUUCCAGAAACACCCACAGGCACGUCCCAUGUGAGCUGCUGCCAUGAACUGUCGAGUGUGUAUUGUCUUGUGUAUUUUCGUUAACGUUCCCCAGCUUCCUUCCUGCGGUGUAAUCAUGGAAGAGUGAAACAUCAUAGAAAUCGUCUAGCACUUCCUGGCCAGUCCUUAGUGAUCAGGAACCGUAGUUGACAGUUCCAAUUGAUAGCUUAAGAUAAAACCAUGUUUGUCUCUUAUGGAAUGGUUAGAACUAAGUGAGAGAUCUUGCCCCAUUCUGUUUGCCGAAUCAUAGUUGGACUUUUAGUGUAUUUGUAUCCAUUUCCUUGUGCUAUAAAAGCAAACCCUGCAACCAGCUUUCUGUCAGGCAGUCCUUUUGCCUGCUCUGCUUUUGAUCCUCUUAGUCUUGCUUCUGGUUCCUCCCUGGAGAGGGAGGAGGGGUCAGAAGAGGAAUUCUGGAGGAUCCAGGAUAUGUCCUUCUGAACUCCUGCUUCUUCCAGUGACAAAAGGCCCCUACUGCCCCACCCCAACCUGCCCCAUGCACUCCUCUAGGACACCUUUCCAUACUUUUCACAACACCUAGCCAGGUUGACACCAAGUUGUUUAUUGUGGUCUGCUUGGAAUUUUACCUGUUAGGCUUACUUAGUCCAAUCAAAUGGACUCCAAGUUGGGUAUCCCUCAUCUUUGGAAGACAACCUAGGCUGAUUAGAUAUUUACUUUUGGGAUUGCAGCACUUUGGGUGCCGUUUUUCUUUUACUUGGGUUUUAUCUGCAGCUCCCUCACCACCACCACCACCCCCCACUUACCUGUAUGUAGAACUGAUUUCAAAACUGCAGGUGGUGGUAACUGCAGCUUCUUAGGGUUUUCUUCACUUCUUGCUUCUUUCCCCAUUCCCUCAUCCACAAAUAAGGGCAUCACAAGUCAGUCUCCUUUAAGCAGGCAGCUUUGGUGGGGUUUUUCCCCUGGAAGCCAGGGACCCUGUCAGGCUGCCUCUGCCUUGUGGUCAGGUUGACAGGAGGUUGGAGGGAAAAGCCUUAAGUCAUGGGAUUCUCACCAGCUGUGUCUGGCUCAGACCUGGAAUGUGACCUUUAUUUUGUUGUAUUUGAACAUUGUAAAGUGUGGGUGGUACCUUAAACUGAAUAUGUGAAGAAUCCAGAAACUGACCAACAGCUUUCAGAUACCUGGGGCUAGGUCACUAAGGUCACAUCCAGUCUUCCCUACCCUGUUCUAGUUGUUAGCUACUACCUCUCCCAGAUAGAUUGCUGUAUAUCCUCCAACUAUGAUCAUCCUGGCCCAAGCUUGCCUGUUCUUGAGUCUGUCUUAACCAGUGGAACUGCUGCCCUUGGUGUGCAGUGAGUUGAGGACUCUUGGUCACAGCCAGGCUCUAGUAGUACAGCUCCUUUCUGCUGGUGCUGUAUUUCCAUAUCAAAAGGCACAGGGGAGAUCUAGAAAUGCCAUCUCCCCCAGUCCAUCAGUGCCAAACAAGCCCAUGAUCCCAGCAUGGGUACAGACAACUCUGUUCAGUGCUAUCACAACAGACUAGAGGCCAUGAACAUUGGACGUGGGAACCAGAGCAACCCGAAUUGCUGCUGCUUUAUUCAGCUUUCCGUUGCUCUGACAAUGAUAAAACAAGGCAGUAACUUAAAACAGACUGCCAGGUUUGGCAGAGAAAGGAAAUUCCUUAGCUGACAGCACCUCUGGAUUUUAAAUAGGUUGUAAUAAGUGGCUCAAACCCAUCCAGGAAAAAGCAAAAGGGUUAGAACUGACCAGAUGAGACCAGCCUGAUUUCAUGCAGCCCAAAUGGAGUCCAGCUGUCUGAACUCUGCAGCACUUCUCUACUACAGUCUCCUAGAGCAUUCCAGCCAGGCUCUUCAGGCUGAGGAGACAUCACAGGUGCCAGUUCUUCAAGAAGACUUUUGUGCAUCAGUUCAUAGCCUAUAUCUUUGCCCAAGAUUGUAGAUUCAGGUUAACACUACAGAUUCUAGGGCAGAUGACUGAGACUCAGAAAAAAAGCCCCUGUGGACUGUGGUAUAGCGAAGUACAAAAACUGAAGGGGGCUAGGGCAGAUGCCGCAUGCCUCAUGCCAGAGCCAAGCCCUCUGCUCCAUCCACAUCCUUUUCUGGCUCCUUCUUCCUGCUCUCUGCUUCAGUGAACCAGCCCCACUCUGAAGAGAUUUGUUGAUUCUCUCCAUUUUUAUGUCUUUCUCUUUUAGGUACUAUAUAGAAAAGGCUUAGUCUAAUUGUUAUAAAUUGCUAGAAUACUGCCUCCCCCAGGGUCUAAAAAUAUAUGCUAAAGGGGAAAACUUGAACACUGAAACCAGUUCUGAACAAUUUAGAAGGAAAACCUUGAAAACAUUUAACAAAAAAUUAUAUUUUAAUGUUUAUGAAUAAGAGGAGGCUUUUGAAAAAAUGUUGAUCUAUAAAUACUUACUUUAGGCCUGAGGUGUCUAAUGAGUGAACUGAGCAAUGGGAACUCAAGGCUGAAGCCUCCUGCAUCAGAGGAGGUAGAACCAGGAGCCUCUUGAGAUUUGAGGUGUUUUAGCAUUGGAAAGCCACUCUUUGGGUAGCUGGCCCCAGAAACUACUUCUGACCUUGUCAUUUGGAAUGGAGGUUAGUGGUCUGCCAGAUGCCAAAGCUGCAUGAGACCAGCUCUUGGUUUAUCAAUUUGAACACUCAGUAACCUAGAAGGCCCAGCACAAAGUGUCUGCUCUCUUCUUAACUGAGCCUGCCCCAGCACUACUGCACAAAUUAGGGAGGGUCUACUUCCUACAGAGCAUCCCUCCCUGGGCCCCCUCCCAUCCUUUGUACUCUACCUACCUGACCUUCAGGAUCUUGGCACAUACGAAAUGGCUGUGUAGCAAGCACUUUGGCAUGCCCUCCUAAACUUACCCCAGAGCCUCUCCCUGCCUCCUUAAGCCAGUCUGCCUGUCUUCUGGGGAGGUGUUAGAGCCCAUAGAAUGGAGAGGAGAAAGAAAAGAGGAAGAGGCAGGCAGGUAGUAAAAAGGCUCUGGGAGGAAAGACAGCCUCCUAGGCUUUGCACAAGCAGGACUCAGCCCCUUGUGGGAACUAAGUGCCAUCUUGGAGUUUAAGAACAUUUGGACAAGUUGCAAAUGACCUUUGCUCCUUGCUCCUCUCACCUUUUAUGGGGCCCUGCUUAGCACUGAAAGCAAAUGCGCUGAAAAGGCAAAGAGGUUUGGCUCCUGCCCACUGAUAGUCCUUUCCCUGCAGUGUUUGUGUGUCAAGUGGCAAAGCUGUUCUUCCUGGUGACUCUGAUUAGAUCCAGUAACUUAAGAGAUUUGUAUGCAUAGGUCUGCUUUGACUCUUCUAUUCUGGGCUUUUGAUUUGUUUUUCAGUUUUGCUUUUAGUUUUCCUAUUUUUAUUUUAUGCACCAACUAGACACACAAAGCAGUUGAAUUUAUAUAUAUAUAUAUAUAUAUAUAUCUGUAUAUUUCACAAUUAUAAACUCAUUUUGCUUGUGACGCCACACACACACAAAAAGAAAAACCUUUUAAAAUUAUACCUGUUGCUUAAUUACAAUAUUUCUGAUAACCAUAGAGUAGGACAAGGGAAAAAAUUUAAAAAGAAAAAAAAAAAAAGAAAAAACACAUCUGUCUGCUGGUCACUUCUUCAAUCCAAGCAGAUCUGUGAUCUUUCCUCGCGUCUUUCAAAGACUUCCCUGUGCUAAGUGAAGGAAGCUCCAGGCUGCACCCAGGUUUUGUGCUUUGUUUCUCCUCUGUUGUGAAAGGGGCCCCAAGAUUCUGGGUACAGGACAGUUCAUUUCAGCAUGGGGUCAGGAGACAAGAGCACUCCCUUUACAUGCUGACGUACAGAACUUAGUGGGAAUAGCCUAGUCCCCACCUCUAGGGAUGGGGAGCUAGCAUGCAUGGGGGUGACCCAACUCCCUCCACCUUUCCCUGGCCAGGAAGAGCCUGUGUACAGUAAGUCUGACAAGCUUUCCCCAGUUAGCAGGGCUCAGAGCAUUUAAAAACCCUCCAAACUUUGCUGAGUCUAGGGACUAGAGAGAAGAUAGAAGAUUUGGUCUAUCUCCAAGGUGUGUAAGCUGUACCAGGUAGAAUGCCAGGGACCCCAGAACCACAUCCAACAGCCCAAUGGGUCUCCUCCAGAAAGUAGUGAAGACUCCAGAAACAUCCCUUUCUCUUCUCCCUGCUCCCAUGAGUAACUGCAUUUGCUUUUGUAAUCCUUAAUGAGCAUUAUCUGCUAAAAAAAAAAAAUUAGCUGUAACAGUUCUUUUUGCAAAAGGAUCAUUCUUAAAUAAUUAAAAACACCCCCCCCCAAAAAAAAGUCCAGAACCUUGUUCUUCCAAAGCAGAGAGCAUUAUAAUCAGGGCCAAAAUCUGUCCCACACCUCUACCCCAUCUCCUCAUGAUUGCUGCUUCUAAGGCCAGAAUACAGCAAAGAUAUUUGUAGGCCCUUUGGGUGACUGGGCUACCCUUGGAGCUCUUGGAAGAUGGGCUGGGGAAGCCUCUGAGACCCUAUCCUAGGGCCUUGCUCUAGGGAGUAAUCAGUAUUAGUAGAGUGUCACAACAUUAUUCCCCAGCCGGCAUGAGAUGGGGGCAGAAGAAGCCAAAGGGUUGUCUCCACUGCUACUUACUUGGCCACUGACAGGUAGGUGACCAUGUAUGUCCAUAUGCAUGUUUUAUGGCUGAUGUGAGAUCAGCACCCAAGUUAGCUUCACCUGGUGACCUCUAACCCUGCCUGGAUGGAGCAGGCCACCUGGUUCAAUGUUUCUGGGCAGCUGGACAAUGGAGUGCAAAAGGCUUACAGAACUUGAAGCCUUUUCCUUACUUUGCUAGCACGGCCUCCUUUUCCAUUUGAUUUGUCACUGCUUCAGUCAAUAACAGCCGCUCCAGAGUCAGUAGUUGAUGAAUAUAUGACCAAAUAUCACCAGGACUGUUACUCAACGUGUGCCGAGCCCUUUCCUUGUGCUGGGCUCCCUGUGUACCUGGACACUGUAAUGUGUGCUGUGUUUGCUCUCCUUCCUCUUCCUUCCUUGCCCUUUCCUUGUCUUUCUGGGGUUUUUCUGUUGGGUUUGGUUUGGUUUUAUUUUUCCUUUUGUGUUCCAAACAUGAGGUUUUCUCUACUGGUCCUCUUUAACUGUGGUGUUGAGGCUUCUAUUUGUGUAAUUUUUGGUGGGUGAAAGGAACUUUGCUAAGUAAAUCUCUUCUGUGUUUGAAAUGAAGUCUGUAUUGUAACUAUGUUUAAAGUAAUUGUUCCAGAGACAAAUGCUUCUAGGUACAUUUUCAUUACAAACAAAGCAUUUGAAGGGAGGGAAGUGGUGAAUAAGACAAGAGGGGCAAUCUGAAUUGAUCCCUGCCCAGAUCAGCCAGAAGCUACCAAAAGUUAAGCACUGGUUUUCCAUUCCAAGUCAAGAGACUGAAGCUGAUGUUUUGCCAUUUUCAAAGUCAAAGCAAAACCAGCUUUUCCACCCAAUGGAUUCUUUGCUUCUCCUUCCCAGAUUAUUACUACUGCUGUAAUAAUCUAGGAGUGCCAGGAGGGAAAGGAGUAUUAACACAGAGCUGUGCUCACUGAGUAUGGAAAGGCUUGGUCUGAGUUUUCAGGAGGAUGACCCACUGUGGACAUGGGGAGAAGACAGAAGAUAAAUUAGCCGCUCCCUGCCUAAGAUACCUCUUAAUAGAUAAGUCAAGGCCAUGGACAUUAUUGUCUACAAGGCAUGUUUCAAAGACAUGACCAGUCAGGACACUUCUGUCAUACUCCAUGUUGCCCCCUAGUACACAGUACUAAUCUGAUAUCUCUGUUCCCGCCAUGCCUGGGGGAUAAAAUGAUAGCAGAGACUCCUUUCCUUCAAUGUGAUCUAAUUCCCAACAAAAUCUGGGCCUGAGAUACCACCUGUUUCUAUGGCAAACAUCCUCAGUAAAGUGUUAUUCUCAUUGCAGAUUGUUCCAGCCUAAUGUAAGAGGAACAGAGCAGUGUUCCCUUGGAGCCUCAUGUGGACAGUUCUACCUGUAGUGACCAGUUGGCUAUAGUAGUUAUUAGCUGGAACAACCAGACAGGGUACAUGCCCCCUCCAAAAUCCAUGUUGUACUCCCCUCUGCCAGCCAGGGGGGGUGAGAUCUGUAGAAUAGUGCAGCCAGUGACAAGCCACCUUGUGUUUGUCACCAGCUCAAAAACUCAUCUAAGGUUGGGAGCAGGCAGACAAGGCAGAGAGAAAGAUCCAGGACAGACCUAGCUGGGCUGGAGGGGUCUUGAAAAGCCCUCUGUCGUAUUCACCUUCAGUUUUUGUGCUUUGGGACAAUUACUUUAGAAAAUAAGUAGGUCGUUUUAAAAACAAAAUAUUGAUUGCUUUUUUGUAGUGUUCAAAACAAAAGGUUCUUUGUGUAUAGCCAAAUGACUGAAAGCACUGAUAUAUUUAAAAACAAAAGGCAAUUUAUUAAGGAAAUUUGUACCAUUUCAGUAAACCUGUCUGAAUGUACCUGUAUACGUUUCAAAAACACACCCCACUGAACCCCUGUAACCUAUUUAUUAUAUAAAGAGUUUGCCUUAUAAAUUUACAUAAAAAUGUCCGUUUGUGUCUUUUGUUGUAAAAUCAAGUGGUUUUUCAUAAGGUUCUUUUACUAUUUGAAAAGAUGGGCAGCACGCGGUUUCAUUUUAUUUUUGUAAGUUUUUUAAUACAUGUGAAAGCAAAGAAUACUCAGCAUGCCUUUCUAAGUGAUGCGUUUGCACCUUUUGUUGGGAAGUACUGUAUCCUGUGCUGUUAGCAUUCUCGAUAAAUCUCUCUGUGAAAGUGA